AUGGCUGCCCCUCAACAGGGAGCAGCACGACCACAGGAGGUCGCUUUCACCGCGCGCAGCUCCUGCGAAAACAAUGCGCCCAACCGACGCAGUCGCUUACCCCUGGAUACGUCGGUCGCUCCCGUGAACCAGAACGGCUGCUUCGAGAUUGAUCGUGUCAUCAAGAGCGGGUGUGUCCAGAAGCGCACCCAAAAGACAAAGAACUGGAAGACCAUUUACCUUGUUCUACGACCAAAUGGCGUCUCUUUAUACAAGGACGCCAAGGAAGCCAAGCUCCGACACCACAUUUACCUGUCAGAACUGUCUGCCGUCGCCAUUCUCAAGGACCCAAAGCACAAGCGCAAGAAUCUGUUUGGACUGUUUUCCGCAUCGAGAAACUUUCAUUUUGCGGCCCCCACGCCACAGGAUGCGCAAGAAUGGGUUGACCUGAUCCGCAAGGUCGCCAGGCUUGACGAAGAGGAGGACGAAAUGUACUUUGGCAGCCCUGGAUCGCAUGGCAUGUCGCCAACUGCGCCGGCUCUCGAAAGCUGGGGAAAUCACAUCGACAAUGCUCUUUCGAGCUCACCCGAAAACCUGACGCCCUUUGAUGCUUCUGCGCCCAAAUUCAUGGGAAGUCACCGUCGCAUUUCCUUCACGCUGGAAUCGUCUGGCCUGUCUGGCAACGAAAUGCUCUCGUACUCUGACUUUUCCGACAGCGAGGUUCCACGAAGCCACGGCGUAUCCUUUGAGAACCUCGCCGUCAAACCGAUCCCCGAAGCAACGACGGAUACAGACACGAGGCCUCGACAGGCCGUCCUGCCAGGCCAGCGACCAGAAACGUCAGCCCGCUCGGCGAGUCAAAUAAGCGCCGUGACGGCUGAGCAGGAGUCUGAACGGGUCAUCUGGCAGGGCUCACUCUGGAUGCAGCGAACCAAACGCGGCGUGCGCCAGUGGAAAAGCAUGUGGGGAGUGCUGCGCGCGCGACAACUCGUGCUGUACAAGGACGAAUCCGAAUAUGCGGCACGGGCCAUUGUCGAAGUGGCCGACGUUGUCAAUGUCGUCGAGAUCGACCCCGUCAACAAGAGCAAGACACACUGCCUCCAAAUCAUCACCGAGGAGAAGACGUACCGCUUCUGCGCGCCCGACGAAGAGUCUCUGGUGCUAUUUCUCGGCGCAUUCAAGAGUCUGCUGACCAAGAGGAAAACGAUGGAGGCGCGCGCGUUGGCAACCGUCGUGGUCAAUCCUCCGUCGUCAUAA